AUGUCGGGAGGCUUGCGGUAUCUUGGGGCUGAAGUACACGCAUCUGCUCUGAGCCUGCUCUUGGACGUCAACCCUUGGUCCAGUGACUUCAACGCCAAUUUUGACCAGUUCUCCGUGACACGUCUGUCGGACUUUCGCCCUCUUUGCCAACAUCUCGCGUUUUUCAAGCAACACACCAGCUUGACGUUCACUCGUCUCCCUCACGUUGAGCCUGCAUGGGCUCCGCUAUCUCCCGUGUACUCUGUGUUCCUAUCGACGAUACUCAAGGAAGCACGCUACCACCCAGGCCGCCAUCUAUCUGUCGAGCCUGUUGGGAAGGCCCCUUCGCAGUACAUCUCGAGCUUCUCGCGCAACGCGACGGGUGCAUCCACCGGCUGCUUGUGGUGCCGAUUCAUACUUGCGGUGGUGCUAGAAGGCCGCGACAGUGUCGAUCCCACCUGGUCUGGUGCCACCUUCGGGGUCAUAGUGGAGAGCGACCGAAUCACACCGAGAGAUUGCGCUCCGCGCAAGAUGCGAGAAUUGAUGGUGUCCAUCGACAGCGAACUCUACUUCUCGGGAUACGUUCACACAGCUUCUGAUGACCCCGCCGCUCCAUACUUUGCGGCAGAAAGCCCGAUCCUGGAUGUCAAGUCCCCUCGAGCGCUCGCACUCGCGAAGAGGUGCAUCGACAAGUGCGUGGAAGGGCACGAACGUUGCGCUGCACUUUCCGUCUCCCCCGACGCUCUUCUGCCUACACGCCUGAUCGACUGCUCCGAUCCCGACCACCCGCGGCUGGUCUCGAGCCCAGGAGAACGCGGCAGAUAUCUUGCGCUGAGCUAUGUGUGGGGAGAAGACCAGCCCUUCAAGACCACUGUGUCAAACCUGUCCGCGUACGAACAGGGCAUCGACCCUGCCCGCCUGCCUGCCACCAUUCGCGACGCAAUACAUGUCACGCACGCGCUGGGCUUCCACUUCUGGGUGGACGCCCUGUGCAUCGUCCAGGACUCGGACGCAAAUAAGCGUCACGAGAUUGGGCGCAUGCACCUCAUCUACCGCUUCGCGUACAUGACGAUUAUCGCUGCCAGCGCGAGCAAGGUCAGCGAGGGCUUCCUUCAACGCCGGCAGGCGUCAGCGUACUCAACGUCCAGGAUCUUCCCGCGAGAUAUCACUCUCCCGUUCUUAUGCCCCGUAUCCGCUGAAGACUCUGUCGCGCCGCCGCAAGUGGGCGAAAUCCACAUCACGCCGACAUUCACGCACGUCGAGGGCAAGCUGGAGGGCCCAAGCCACGACUGGGAGCCCAUCAGCGGGCGCGGCUGGUGCAUGCAGGAGUACUUCAUGUCCCCACGGGCGCUCGUCUUCACUUCGCAGACCAUCCAGUACAAGUGCCAGACGCACACGCGCAACAUCGGACGCGCGUUCCACUCUUGGUACGGGGAGCGGCGCCUCGCCGACGUGCUCCUCCGCCCGGACCCGCCGCACGUGGUGCACAAUUCCAAAGACUGGGUCGCUGCCCACGGAUCGUGGCUGCACGUCGUCGAGGACUAUAGCCGGCGCGCGGUGAGCGUCCCAUCCGACAAGCUUGUCGCAUGCGGGGCGCUGGCAGCGGUGUUCCAGCGCGCGUUGCGCUCGGACUAUCUCGCGGGCCUCUGGCGCGCAACGCUCCUCCGCGACCUGAUGUGGUACACGCCGGACGGUGCACGCCGACCUCGCCCGGCGGUAUACCGCGCGCCGUCAUGGUCGUGGGCAGCUGUCGACGGACAGGUCUCGACUAUGGCUGAAGAAAACCUGUCGCCUUCCCUGGACGGGCUCGUGGUCGCGGAAGUGGUACGUUGUGAGGUCGCCCCCGUAGACGCCGCCCUCCCGCUUGGGCAAGUCAACGAUGGCUCUCUCGUGCUGUGUGCCGCGCUGGUGCCGUGCGGGUCGCCCGCGGACGCGCGAUAUAGGGACGAUCGGAUUUUGCUGCGAUACGCCGAUUUGGACGACGAGGAUGAGCUCGAGUGCCUUGCGCGGAUCUAUAUCGACACUGGAGGUGAUCUGGACGUACGCAGGACGUGGGCUGUUCCACUCACGCGGGCCCUCGGACAUGUGAGAGGUCUUGUUCUUGCAGAGGCACAUUCCGAGGGCAGCUCGAAGACUAAGAGCAGCAAGGUUUAUCGCAGGGUCGGGUUCUUCUCUAGGGAGGGUAAUUCGCAGGGUGACCUUGACCUAGGGCAACUUCUACCGGACGGGAGGUUGCCUAUCGUAGAGGUAGAGAUUGUGUGA